AUGCCAUCUUAAAUCGAUGUCUUUUAAUUAACACAUACCUCUACAGAUGAUGAAAUUUAAUUAUGUGUUGACUGGAUCAAGGCUUAAUUGAAAGCAAAAUAGACUGUUACUUUGUUAGUUAAGAAAUGCUAAAGGCAAGAAUUGAUACCAUAAGUAACUGUAGAUAUAGUGACCAUGAUUUAAUAAAAGAUCAAGCAAUUGAGUCAGGAUCCGUAAACUAGGUUGAGUGAGGUUUAAGAGUUACUACAAAUCUAUAACUAGAAAGGAGUCAAGAAUCAGACUAUCUUGAUUUAGUUAUAUAUUGAACUUGCAAAUGCCAAACAACCUGAGGCCUAAGAUAAAGCUAUUGAACUGCUAUGUAAAGUGGAUGAGAAAAUAAGAAAAUAAUUUACAUCUUAAUUUUCGUAAUUUCUGAAAGAAAAAAUUAAAUAACUUAUUGAAAAUGGACAACAGGAAGCAAACCAAUAAAAUUUUAAGGAGGCUUUGGCUUUGUAUUAGAAGGCACAAGAACUAAACAACUAUUACGAAGAAAAGGAUACAACCAUCUAGUUAAAUAUUCAAUUAGGAAAUGCCUAUCAUUUCUUAAAAUAAUAUGAUGAUGCUUUAAAUGUAUGGGAGAAGUCUAUCAAGUACAUACAAGGUCAAUCAUAGUAAUAACAAUUCCAAAAUGAAUUAAUAUACAUGUAUAACACUGUUGGUUAAAUUUAUUAUGACAAAAAACAAAAUAAUAAAGCUACCUCCUAUUGGGAUUCAGCAAUAAGCAUUUUGGAACAACAGAAUGAAUAAGAAAAAUUAGAACAACAAUCCAAAUAGUUAUUAGGACACUUACUAAAUAAUGUAGGGAUGAUAUACUAUCAAAAAGGAGAGGUAAAGAAAGCCAUCUAAAACUUUUAAAAAACAAUAGAGGUUUACGAGAGUAUUUACGGGAAAGGCCAUAUAAGCGUUGGGAAUCGUUUAAAUAAUUUAGGUGAAGCUUACAGGAGUGAUAAGCAAUAUGAUAAAGCUUUGGAGAUGUUCAACAAAGCCUUAAGCAUAAAGAAAGCAGAACUGCAAGUGCAACCCUCCAAGAGCUUAGCAAGUACCAUAAAUAACAUAGGUAUGACUUUGUAAAAUAAAUAAUCACACGAGGAAGCAAUUGAUUAUUUCAAAUAAGCUUUAUAAAUGUAUAAUGAGCCAGGAGUGUUUAGCGAUCCAAAUGCUGGAGAUGCUGCUUUGUAAAAGAGCAAUACAAUGCAUAGUAUUGCUGAAUGCUAUAGAGCAUUGCAUAAUUUAGACCCUUGCAUCCAGUAUUUCAGAGAUGCCUAUAAAUACAAAGCUUAGGAAUUGAAAAUAUUCCAUAAAUCAACUCAGCAUACAGCAAUACAAUUGGCCUCAGCAUUAUUUUAAAAAAAUUAAUUUGAGGAAUCUUUGAAAAUAUUUGAGGAAGUUUUGGAUGGAUAGAAGAAGGUGUAUGGAUAAGAAUCUCAGAUAGUGGCUUAGACAAUCAAUAAUAUAGGAACUGUCCUGUCAGAAUUAAAAUAAUAUUAGAAGGCCUUGGAGAAGGUUCAAGAGGCAAUUAGAAUAUUCGAAAAGAAAUUAGAUAAAAAUGAUCCAUACCUUCAAAAGGCAUACGAGAAUAUGAAAAAUAUUAAAUAAAAAUUACUGGAAUGA